UAACUCAAUUUUAGGUAGUUUUUCAGAUGCGUGUAAUCAUCAAUGUUUAGAAUCACCAGAUAGACUAGCGGAAUUAGAAGAAUCCCAAGUUCGUUGUUGUUUGGAAGGAAUAGUGUUUAUAGUGUGUUGAGUCUGAAUAUUACUACCAUUAUUGAAAUGGACACCCCUUUCCUAAGACAGGCGUUCAAUGUGCUAACUGAUGAGGCUAAAGAUCUAUUCUUAGGCCCAACUAUUUCAGAGACAUUCGCUGUGCCAACAUCGCUAGAGUUCACACGGGAUUAUGUAGCGAAAAAUUUGCCUCUAAUCAUACGUGAGGUAAAUAACGAUUGGCCAGCCGUGGAAAAAUGGAAUUCAAAAUACUUCAGAGAAACGCUGCCUGGCAAGGAGGUAACAGUUGCAAUCACCCCCAAUGGCUACGCGGACGGAUUGGCAAAACACGACGGUGAAGAGUAUUUUGUACUUCCACUUGAAACUCCGAUGACGAUGGCUCAGUUCUUGAGCUCAUUGGACCACAAAGGCAGCAAAAACGUGCAUUACAUUCAGCGACAAAAUUCAAACUUGACUGAAGAUUUCCACGAUCUAUGGGAAGAUAUCGACAUGGAUAGGCUGAGCUUCGCCAGUGACGCUUUCAACAAGGAACCAGACGCCAUAAAUUUUUGGAUGGGUGAUGACCGCGCGAUCACUUCCAUGCACAAAGAUCCUUACGAGAAUAUUUACUGUGUAAUUUCUGGUUAUAAGGAUUUUAUUCUUGUACCACCAGUGGAUUUGCACAACGUACCGAGAAGACGGUAUCCGAUGGGUAUAUAUAUGCAGGAGGACGAUGGGAAUAUUGUAAUAGAACCUAUUCUAGAUGAGAUUGGUAGACCUCGUCUUAUCGAGUGGGUAAGCGUUGACCCGUUGGAGCCUGACGUCAAAAGAUUCCCCGAGUACAACAACGCUACUGUGUACGAGAUCCGAGUAAACGCCGGUGACAUGCUGUACUUACCCAGCCUAUGGUAUCAUCAUGUGCGUCAGAGUCACAAAUGCAUUGCAGUCAAUUUCUGGUACGAUAUGGAAUACGAUGCACGCUACUGCUACUACAAAAUGGUGGAGAAACUGUGUGGCUUCGGAGACGAAGGGGGUAAUCUGUGUUCUUAGGAGUUUGUUGGUGACACGUUUUGUGUAGGCCGUGUUGUGAUAUUUGUUCAAAUACACCGAUUGU